AUGGAGGUGAAAGGAGCGAGGAUUAGGGUUCUUGGAAAGGGAACUUAUGGCGUCGUAUAUUUGCUGAAAACAAGUGUUCCUACUGCUCAGUUAUAUGCUGUGAAAUCUGCAGAUGAGGAAAUGGCUUCUACCCUUCGCAAGGAACAGGAAAUCCUUCAACAGUUUAUUGGUUGCCCCAAUAUCGUUCGAUGCUUCGGUGGUUUCACCAGUGUAGAAUGUGGAAGAAAGAUUUUCAACCUGUUUCUUGAAUAUGCUUCAGGAGGAUGUCUUUUGGAUUUGAUGAAGGACUACGGUGGCAAAAUACCAGAACGACAUGCUAAGCACUAUGCACGGAUGAUACUUGAAGGGCUCGUCGAUAUUCACCGAAAAGGAUACAUCCAUUCUGAUCUCAAACCAGAGAAUAUUCUGGUUUUCCCUUCUCAAGAUGGGAUUAGUUUAGAUACUUUAAAGAUUGCCGACUUUGGGUUAGUUAAAAAGUAUGGGGUCAAAGACACAAAUGAUUGGAAAUAUGGUUUUCGAGGUACCGCUCCUUACAUGUCUCCUGAAUCUAUCAUCGGAUACAUCACUGGGGCACUGGAUAUAUGGUCACUCGGUUGCAUAAUGGUUGAGAUGCUUACGGGUAAAUUGCCAUUGGCUUUUCAUGACCUGAAGGAUUUGAGGGACAAGCUUUUGAGGGGAGAAACACCCAACAUCCCAGAAAACAUGUCGAGUAUGGGCAAGAAUUUCUUAAUGAAAUGUUUCGCUAGGGAUCCCAACGAAAGGUGGACAGCUAGUAUGCUGUUAAGCCACCCUUAUCUUCUCCCAGAGAGCACCUCUUCUCUCCCUGAACCAGGUUUCCUGCAAUGCAACCCAUUCCUUCCUUCAAUAAAUUUUAAAUCGAAUGCUUCCUUUGGCUUUUAUUCAGGGACUGUAUGUCCUGCACCCUUGAUAGUUAGGAAGGCUUGGCUCCCAGUCUAUGCCACACACAUGUUAUGGACUGGAGUAUUUGCACCUAUAAUCCACAGAAAUGUGAAGUGCAGCAACAUCUUGUUGACUGAAAGCUUGCAUGCAAAACUAUCUGAUUCUGGGUUAUGCAAGGCGUUCACACUUGAAGGUGACAGCCAUGUCUAUACUGUGGUUGCCGAUACCCCUGGAUAUGUUGACCCUGACAAAUUAUAUGCUGUGAAAUCUGCUGAUGAGGAAAUGGCUUCUACCCUUCACAAGGAACAGGAAAUCCUUCAACAGUUUAUUGGUUGCCCCAAUAUCGUUCGAUGCUUCGGUGGUUUCACCAGUGUAGAAUGUGGAAGAAAGAUUUUCAACCUGUUUCUUGAAUAUGCUUCAGGGGGAUGUCUUUUGGAUUUGAUGAAGGACUACGGUGGCAAAAUACCAGAACGACAUGCUAAGUUCUAUGCACGGAUGAUACUUGAAGGGCUCGUCGAUAUUCACCGAAAAGGAUACAUCCAUUCUGAUCUCAAACCAGAGAAUAUUCUGGUUUUCCCUUCUCAAGAUGGGAUUAGUUUAGAUACUUUAAAGAUUGCCGACUUUGGGUUAGUUAAAAAGUAUGGGGUCAAAGACACAAAUGAUUGGGAAUAUGGUUUUCGAGGUACUGCUCCUUACAUGUCUCCGGAAUCUAUCAUCGGAUACAUCACUGGGGCAUUGGAUAUAUGGUCACUCGGUUGCAUAAUGGUUGAGAUGCUUACUGGUAAAUUGCCAUUUGCUUUUCAUGAUCUGAAGGAUUUGAGGGACAAGCUUUUGAGGGGAGAAUCACCCAACAUCCCAGAAAACACGUCGAGUAUGGGCAAGAAUUUCCUAAUGAAGUGUUUCGCUAGGGAUCCCAACGAAAGGUGGACAGCUAGUAUGCUGUUAAGCCACCCUUAUCUUCUCCCAGAGCACACCUCUUCUCUCCCUGCAACAGGUUUCCUGCAAUGCAACCCAUUCCUUCCUUCAAUAAAUUUUCAAGUGGCAGAAGCAUUCCACUCUCCAGAAGGUUACGAGUUGUUCCCAACUGGAACAAGAAAAAUUCUAGACGACUUGUUCAGGAUGCAGCUAAUAAAACAAGUUACGGAUAUGAAGUUGGGCGUCUGGUGCAUGCAAAAGAAUCAACAUGGGACCUCAAAGUUGAGAAUACAGUAG